UUUUGAGUAGUACUCCGUCGGGAUUCCCUUCAGAGGAACUUGAGAUUUGGAUCUGCACGUCCUGUCACUUUUACGGGUUCAAAACAUAGAUUUAGGAGCAAAAUGAUCAAAUUCCUUCAUUUAGUACAUCUUUCUUUGAUCUCCUUAGCAUAUUGUGAUAUAUAUCUACAUAAUCCAAGAGGCAGCAAUAACCGUCUUGAUGAAGCCGGUCGGGAGAGAAAUAAUGGUAACCGAUUAUUUGAUUCACAGAACAACAACCGAGGUGGUUACAACGUAGGCAGUCUUUAUUAUUAUCAGGGAUCAAAAUUACCAAUUGAGUGGACAAACCAACAUUCCUGCCAGUCACCCAAUGCCCACUGUGAAUUUAUCCUGCAGUAUAUGUGCAGCGACCAACUCAGAGAUGGCGUCACUACUACAGCCAUUCCAAGCAAUCCCGCGCAGUGUAAGGACUAUGACUGUGACACCGACAGACGAUAUGGGAUGCAUGAAAACUAUGACUAUUACCUGAACUGUAGGUUAAGGCAGCGCAACAAGGGACUGUUCACUGCUGACCAGAUCAACCAGAAUCAGCGUAAUAGAGAUCGAGCGAUCAAUACUCGGCAGAAUCCUCAGGGUACUCGGCGAGGUUAUGAGUGUCCGGAGGAGCGAGAUUACUACCCUUACUGGCAUCCAACGCCAUGGAAGGACAUAGCUGUUUUGACCAAUGAUGCCACCAGAUGUCCUUACUAUGAGCAGGAGAGCCAAAACGUCAAGGGGAAGUGGUUUUGCGACAUUCCACAAGAAACGAUCCAUCUCAACCAAAAGAAGGGUCUCUUGAUCCCAAACAACAAGGAGGACUGUGAGAAAUUUAGCUGGCCUGCUAAAAGCGCCAAUGGUGUGAACGGAACAUGGAAGGAGGCACCAUCGCAUGGUUUACCCGCCCCGGAUUGUCGCGAGACGGAAUACACACGAGAUAAUCACCUAGGAAACGGCAUUGGUGGUUACCCGAUCUUGUACAACUGGACAGUACCUGAAACAAUGCUGGGUGAGAGAUGUGCUUUAAGAAUCAGAUAUAAUAUUUCCACGGCUGAUUACAACCCAUGGGAUGGAAAGACCAAUGCCUCACACAGCCAGAUAAAAAAUAACGAAGGAACCUUCGUUGACAUGACCGAGAAAUACAAGUUUACUUCAACUCAGGAAGCAGACGCCAGGGGCUAUAUCUUUGCGAAUAACCCCCAAGUGGAAGUGUUCAAGGAUUUAGGAUUCGACCUACAGCUUGCCAUUAAUACUGCCCAGUAUGGUCGGACAUUCCAGGAUAGGACCCAUCAUUUUGCUGUGCGUCCUCGCCCAGCAAGCCUGGCCACUGCAAACAUCAAGAAUCUGAAUGUGCGAGGCAAAAGAGGAAACAUCGUCCAGGUUUACCCGGCUGUGGAGUAUGACUUUGUUCCGAACACCCUAGAAAUCGCUGAAGGAGACUAUGUACAUUUCCAAUGGACUGGAUCCAACACCAACCCUAAUAACAAUGAUGGUCAAGGAAAAGCUGGGACUGACCGUUCGAAUGUUGUCCUCCAAGCACGACAGACAUAUGCCGAAGGAACGUUCAACCAUAGUAAUAAGUUUGGCCAUUGGGGGCGCUCGUACCCAGCACAUUUGAAAGAUGUGAAGUUCAUGGGCAUGUCGUCUGACGAGCUGCAAAAACUGGCCAUUCUUGAACCGAACCAGUUCAGAGGAGAGAUGUCAGAAUUGGACGAUGCCGGCACCUACUUUGACCUCGGCCCGAGGAAGAUCACAGGAAAGGGGACGUACCACUACAUGUGUACAAGAAACAACAACUUCUCCAAUCGGAGUCAGAAAGGCAAGGUCUUCUGCCAAGGUUUUGAGACACUUUAUGAGAGCAUUGGAUGGAAUGGAGGAUCUGUGAAAACUGAUGGUAUGCACUUGGAGGUUGCUCGAGGGACAUUUGAUACGUUGAAAAAGAUGAAGAUUGAGAAACUACCGGAGGGUGAGGUCAUGAGAAGGAUCGACACCUACAAACGGACCAUGCCGGUCGGUGAUGGCUUAGCUAGUGAUGCAUUCGUCAUUCACCCGCAGACAAAACUCACAGCAGGGGACAAGAAGUUCCAGGUUAAAAUGGCGAUAAAUCCACCGGCAUCAACAGACGUCAGCAUCUACCGAUCAGACAACGAUGUCUUCUCGACAUGGACGCGCGUCGACGCUCAGGUUUCUGGGAAGGAGGCAAACUUUGCUACCGAUAUGGGUGGUGUCUAUGUCGCCGUUUACAGUCAUCCGGUUGGAAUGAUUGUCGGCGUGACCUUAGCCUGUAUUGCUAUCUUAGUCAUUGUCGUUGGCUCAGUUGUCUAUUUCAGACGUCAUCCGGAUAAGUGGGGACAAUUGGUAGGGGGGAUAAGAAAUAUGAAGCGAUCAACUGCAGGGCGGAUUUAAUUGUCUAUUUUGGGGGUUUUAUGACACAAUUUGUAAAGAUGUCUGCAAAUAUUUCUCUCUUGCAUUGUCCUUGCACAACACUACCCAGAGGCACACAAGUGAUGUGCAUAGAAUGUCUGCAUACAAGUUUUGGGGCUAGUUUGGCAGUGAAAGAGUUAAAAGGGCUGUUCGUCUCAGUUUGAAGACAUCGAAAAGGUGCUCUUCUUUUUGCACUUAUUGUGUACGAAACAAUGAAUUCCUGUCAACCAUCAGAUAUUCACGCCUCCACAUAUUUUUGCAAUUUGCAAAGAUUUUCUUUAAAAAGUUUUCAAAUUUUUUGGUGGAUUUUGAAAUUCCUUUUGGUUUUCAAAACAGAAAAUAUUUUUUGUGGUUUUCAUUUUUGCAAAUCAAGGUUAAUUCCAGAAAUCCCCAAAUAAAAUGCCAGCAAGAAUUAGCCGGUUUAAAGUCUGUAAUAAUUUGAUAAAAUAAUUUUGCUUUGCACUCUUUUAUUAAUGAGAUAAACAGGUAUAUUAUCAUAUUAUAUUUUCAUAGAAAAUUUUGAUAAUGAUUUAUACAACAAUUAUUUGUUUUGCUAUAUAAAUAAAGGAGGAGGGUGUCCCAAAAAAAAUCACUCUAUCAAUCUGCUGAAAAAAAUAAACAUGAAAUUUGGGCCUUGGACAAAUUUAAUGAAGUAUGUGACUGUCUCAGUUUAUCACUCUGUGCAGUUGAUACACUGAGCAAUUAGCUUUUAACUGUGUCAUUAGAAAUGAUGAAAUUUGGCACAAGACCAAAUUCUCACUUCAGUGGAUUGGUGAGUGAGAAUCUUUUGGGACAUCAAGUGAGGUAUACAUAUAACAAACAUGCUACGUUGAAAAAAAGUGCAAUAUUUGCAAUGUUACAAAAUAUAUUUGAUAUGAAUGUUUCUAUUUCUAUUCAGCUUUUCAGAAAAUAUUUUUUAAUACUAUUGGUACUUAAUGUAAAUAAUUCUGUAGCCGUCAUAUUCAUGGGGGAUGAAAGUAUCAAUUUACCUUACAUUUGAAAAUUCGAAACAAUUCCAAGAGAAUCGACUCAAAUUUUAGUCCAGUUUCGCCAUUGGCAUUGAUUGGUGAUGUCAUUGCUGCAAAAACGUUUUCUUUUGAACUUGUUUCUCUAAUCUAGCUAAUUCGUAUGCAUAAUCAGUGCACUACGAGCAUUGUGUAUACCUGCAUUUCUAUUUUCCUGGACUACAGGUAAUUACGGACGGUGUACCCCUUUAAAUUUCUUAGUUCGUUCUGUAUCUAUUUCUGUAUAUAUGAAUAACUGCUGGUCAGUAAUACUGUGAUGUGAUAAUAAUAAAUUGUUAUCAAGUUCGUAACGAAUAAGAUGCGCUUUGAUUUCAUAUUUGUUUGUUUACCAUUUGUCAGGCAGUUCAGGUUUAUCAAAUCAAUC